AUGGAUCAGGGUAAGCUGAAGGCUUGACAAAGAGCUAAGAAAGACGCGUCUAGAGCAAGGGCUGGAACAAGUUGGGCUGGGACAUGCUUAUUGAUAAAGUAGAGACGCGUACUAAUUUAAAAGUUGUGGAACGAUCAAUCUGGGAUGUAGCAGAACGCCCAUAUUUUUUAUUUGUAAUGUUAUGUUAUGCUAUUCUUUUUGUUUCUUGCAACAAAAUGUUAACCUUUGAGUACCAGCUGACUUUCAGCUUACAUAAGAAGUGUUAACAAGGAAAGUAUCUUUUGAUCUAAAAUCUGUUAAACUUAGAAUUUAACUUUACGAAUGGAUAAUGAGAUUUUUCUUUAGUACCUCGUUUUGUGGCCAAUAUACAUUGAUUGAUCCAGCAAUAAGCAGAGUAAUAUAGGUUAGAGUAAGGAAGAGGUAAAUUUUUGGUAAGGUAACGUAGGAUUUGAAAGCUUAGUUUUGUAAAAUACGAGCCGUACAUCUAGGUAUAACAUUAUUGUUUAUGUUCAAAUGACAAUUUAAAAAAAAAAAAACUUUUGUAAAGAAAGUUUUUGCGGUUUUUCGAAAAAAUGGGUUUUGUAAAGAAAGUUAUUGCGGUUUUUUGAGAAAUGAGUUUUGUAAAGAAAGUUCUUGCGGUUUUUCAAAAACUGAGUUUUGUAAACAAAGCUCUUGCGGUUUUGGAAAAAAUGGGUUUUGUAAAGAAAGUUAUUGCGGUUUUUUGAGAAAUGAGUUUUGUAAAGAAAGUUCUUGCGGUUUUUUGAAAAAUGAGUUUUGUAAAGAAAGUUCUUGCGGUUUUUUUGAAAAAUUAGUACUGUAAAGAAAGUUUACGCUAAAAAAGGCAAUUUUACAAAAUGACUCACUUCAUAUCAUAUAUCUUAUGAUUCACAUAAUCCGAAACAUAUGAACUGUUUUAUAAUCCAAUAAAUCUAAUUCUCAAGUUGGCCUUUGGCUCCCGGACGAAAUCAGUAGCGACUUUAGGGCCCGCCAAUUGAAAUUAAUGACCAGCCCUGUUCGAUGACUGAGGUCGCGUUAAAAAAGAUAUAUCUUUAUUUUUUGAGUUUUAUAGAUUUCAUUUCACACUUUGUUCAAAACACCUUGUUCUUGUGAUUAUAGGGUACUAUUGAAAGGUGUUUUUUGAGCUCAGUAAAGAAAGGAGACUAGGAUAAGGCUAUUGCUGUUGAACAAGUGUAGUAUUAGGCUUCUGCUAGGGCUUAGGUAUAAGUUUAAGCUAUUCGUAGCUUUAAACUUUAGCUCAAUUUUUAAAUUUUAAGUUUUGGUUUAGGUUUUAAGCAGGACUUAAUUUAGGCUAAGGCCUAGUUUCAAGUUUCAAGUUUUGGUUUAGGCUUUGACUAGGGUUUAAGUUUAGGUUUAAGCGUAGUCUUGGUUUAAACCUAAGCUUAAACUGAGAUUUAAACUAAAGCAAGAGCUAGGGCUAUCACCAAGAGCAGGACCAGGACUAGGACCAGGACCAGGACCAGAACCAAGACCAGGACCAGGGCCAGGACCAGGGCCAAGACCAGGACCAGGACCAGGACCAGGACCAGGACCAGGACCAGGACCAGGACCAGGACCAGGACCAGGACCAGGAACAGGACCAGGACCAGGACCAGGACCAGGACCAAGACCAGGACCAAUACUAAAGCUAAGGUAUGGGAAAAAUGGGGGUUGGUUUUUUUUAAAAAAUCAAAAUAUUUGAUCUAAUAUUUUUGCCGAGCUCUCAUUUCCUACAAUAAUAUACGUCUUUCCAUUUCUCAAAGGCGGUGAAAUCUGAAUAGAUUUGCGCUUCAUUACUCAAAAAGGGAUUAUUAUAUUAUUGAAAGACAAUGCGCGAAAGGUGCCGUAAGUUUCGGUAAUUGGAUAUUUACAGACUCUUUUCGGGUAAUGUAGGGUAGAGCAAGGUAGGGUAGGUAACUUAUAAGGGAGAAGGUUUUUUUAUUACAGAGGAAAAGAAUUGGGUUGGCUAAAGUAAGAAAAGUUAGAGUAGGGUAGGGUAGGGCAACUUAUAAAGUUAUAAAAUUGAGAUGGGGAGGGUUUUUUAUUUCAGAAUUGAAGGAUAGGGCUGGGGUAAAGUAAGAUAAUGAAGUCCAGGCUAGAGUAGGGUAGGGUAGGGUAGGGUAGGGUAAGGUAGGGUAGGGUAGGGUAGGGUAGGGUAGGGUAGGGUAGGGUAUGGUAGGGUAGGGUAGGGUAGGGUAGGGUAGGGUAGGGUAGGGUAGGGUAGGGUAGGGUAGGGUAGGGUAGGGUAGGGUAGGGUAGGGUAGGGUAGGGGUAGGGUAGGGUAGGGUAGGGUAGGGUAGGGUAGGGUAGGGUAGGGUAGGGUAGGGUAGGGUAGGGUAGGGUAGGGUAGGGUAGGGUAGGGUAGGGUAGAGUAGGGUAGACAUGGGGACCGGGCCGGGACUGAGAAAAAUGUAAGUCGGGUUGGGCCUGGAACUUCCAAAAAAAAGUCUGACCCGGCCCUAAAAGCCAGACCCAUUCGGGCCGGGCCUGAAAAGUGGGUUCGGCCUGGCCCGUUCCUCAUGUCAAAAAGUACGGUACGGCGCGGUACAUAUUAUUUUUCUUGUUAAAAUACGGUUUAUUUUUUAAAAAAUUAAAAUUUUUCUAAGUUUAAAAAUUCGAAAUAAUAGCCUUUUAAUUUCAGCCUUGCGGCCACAUAACCUUUUGUUAAAAUUUAUGGAAAAGUUGCUUUGAAUGAGACAUUUGAGCAAUGUCCGAAGGUUCUUUUCGGGGCAAGGUUCUCUACAGAAACAGCCUUUAUUGUUUUGUCUCAUCAACUUAUCGGAUCAAUUGGGCUCUAAAUUUGCAUUUCAAGGAUUCGGAUCUUUCUCGGAUGCUUGAAUUUUGAUCUUCUUUUUUGUAGAUGAUUUUUCGGGAGUAGCCAUUGCAUUUUUUAAUUUAUGUAAAGAAAGUAGGACGGGCUUGCCUUGGGAGUGUUAUGAUCAGGUAAAUAAUAUACGAAGGAAGGGCGGGGGGGGAAGGACGUGGAGGGAAAAAAAAGGUGAUGUAGGGGGCUGAGGUAAGGAGUCUUGGUUCAAUGCCCAGUUUUGUAAAAAAAGUUAUUGCGGUUUUUCAAAAAAAAGAGUUUUGUAAAUAAAUUACUUUCGGUUUUUAAAUAAUUCCGAUUUGUAAAGAACGUUCUUUCAGUUUUCCAAAAAAAUGAGUUUUGUAAGGAAAGUUCUUGCAUUUUUUGAAAAAAUGAACGUUAUAAAGAAAAUUCUUGCGGUUUUUUGAAAAAUGAGUUUUGUAAAGAAAGUUCUUGCUUUUUUAAUGUUUUUUGAAAAUACAUUUAAAGUGUAUUGUAGUAAAAGUACUUUUAUAUUUUGAUUUUAUUUAAAUUGUCAACAUAAAACAGAUGACUUUUUCUCAUUUUGUAGUACGUUUUCAUUUCAGUAGCUACUUUGUUUUGAUUUCCCAGAUUUGAAAACAAUAGAUAGAACAUUUCUUCUAGGCCUAGAACCGGACGUUCUUAAAAUAAAAAAAAAUUAAACUGGCCGCUUUAUUUGUCAUUUUAAAUUUACUUUUAGUAGGUUACGGUAAUUAAAAAAUUAUAUGAGGCUUUUGUUUUAGUUUUUAUUUAUUCUUAUAUUUUGCGCGUGACAGUACUCUAAGGCAUGAGAAGUAGGCAUGAGGAACGGGACGGGCCGGGCUUGAAAAUCUAAGCGGCCCGGCCCGUUUUUCAUGUCUAAUGGUGAGGGGUGACUGUUGAGGGCAUUUAUAGGACUCUGUGCUAGGGCUAUGGCUCUAGGGCUUAGACUAGGGCUAUAGGCUAGAACGAAGGCUAGGGUUGUGGGCUAGAACUCUGAGGUAGAACUCUGGGCUAGGACUCUUUGGCUGGGGUUCUGGGUUAGGGCUAGGACUCACGAUUUUAUUGCUUAUGAAUUUGUAACACUAUAAUUCACUAUUUUUUUCUAAAAAUGACGUUUUAAAAAGUGUGAAAAAGUACCUAAAAUUAGCCGUUUAAACGUCUUGCCCUUUAAUCUCCAGUCCAAAGGAAAGAAAAGUUUUUUGCGAAAAAACUGGAGAAGAUAUCAAUUUACAAAUCGAGAAAAGUCUGUGACGGCAAAUUUUUAUAAGGCCAGGGUUUAACACUUUUGAGCAGACAGAGCGGGGGUAUGGAGGGAAGGGUGUGGGAAGGGCUAUUAUUAUUGACAUUUGUUAUGUUUUGAAGGUAAAAUACGGUUGUCUGCCUUGUAAAAUUUAAAAAAAUUUUUUUAUUCAAAAAUUUUAAACAAAAAUAAAAUUUUUUGUUUAGUAAAAGAUAUUGUUAUACCAUUCUUGUUACUUUUCUUCUGACGUUUUAAAAUAUAUUUUCCCCGAACAGUAUCAAAACAUGUUAUGAUUGACCAUAACAUGAGCCAAUUUGAUCUGUUUCGUCUUGAUUCUUCCGCUUGGUCAUUUUAAAACUGUUUUUUAGUCAAAAACAUUGUCGCAGACAUUUCCGUGUUAUUACCAUGUAUAAUAUAUCGCGUAUAAAGAGUAGCUGAGUGUAAUAUCUUGCAGUAUUGAUAAUUUUACUAUCUUAAAUUACUUAUUUUCAGAAAUUUACAGUAA